AUGACUACGGAGAAGUAUGAUGCUUGGAUUUUGUCCAACAACAAGGCUAAAUGUUACAUCAUUGCUAGAAUGAGUGAUAUACUUAGAUUGAAGCAUGAAGACAUGGAGACUGCAUAUGAAAUAUGGGAGUCUCUUCAAGCCAUGUUUGGACAACAGUCCAAUCAAUGUAGAUAUCAGGCUACUAGAGCCUAUAUGAACAUGAAAAUGAAGAAAGGAGUUUCUAUCAGAGAACAUGUUCUAAAUAUGAUCAAUACAAUGCAUGAUGAGGAAGUUCAUGGAGCAACCAUUGAUGAGAGGACUCAAGUUAGCGUGAUACUUGAAUCACUCACACCAGCUUUUUUCACAUUUACUACCAACUAUGUCAUGAACAAGUUGAAGUAUAAUAUGACUCAGUUGUUAAAUGUAACACCCUAA